AUGGGGGCACAGAAUAGUGUCGCUACAAAUCAGCAACAACCGCAACCGUUGCACAACCAUCAGCGAAACGUACAAAUCGAACAAUAUCCGCAAAAUUCGCAAAGACCCAUCGCGUGGCCAACAAAUCCGGUUGUUCCCAUCUCACAGCCGUCGGCACAAGCUAGACAGCCGCCUAUGGCACGCAUGCAUGAGGUGUAUGGAGUUUUGGAUUACUCACCAGAGAUGAUCGAAACAGCGAUGAACAUUGUGGCGAACUAUUUAGGUCCACAAGCUGAACCGCUCGUGCCACAGGCUGAACCGCGAAAUAUGGCGAAUGCUCCACCGGAAGUCGAACAAAUGGGGCGGCCGAUUUGUAACGAACCGCAACAGGCACAGCAACGCUGGCCACUGUACCGACCAGAACCACAAAGACCAGCAGGGCGACCGUUCCAUCCUCAGUGGAGUCCUCAGCAGAGAUUUGCGAACAUGGGGCAGCAGGUACAACAGUGUCCCAACAAUGAGCAACAACCAAUGCACAACCCCACGCCGUUCCGUACACUGGCGGAAAUACCGCAAGGGCCGCUGAUGGUACUGGACCCCCGUUGGUCCAUUGAUGAUACAGCAAAUCCUCAGCCUAACAACGGAUGGCCUAUGCAGCAGGAACAGCAGCAACUGCAGGCUCCCCCGAUUAACACGUUCCAACUGUGGAAUAACAACGGUCCGAUGAAUCAAACCACGACGCCGCAACAGCCAUCCGGACCGCACAUGUUUUCCAAUGUGGAGACAAACUACCCACAACCUCCGAUGCAGUUUAAUCAGAUGUGCCCACCGUACCCCAACGGUCAGCCAAUCCAACCCCCUCGGAUGAGAAAUGUGUUGCCCAACAUACCGCCAACAAUGCCGAAUUUUCCCGCCAAUUACGGACCACAGCCUUAUAUGCAACAGACCAACAACCACCCGAACCAGGGACAUUACAGUGACAACGUUCGUUUCAAUUAA